AUGAGGAUAACACGAGGAAAAUCACACGAGGGAAGAUUAGAAGAGGAAAGACCAGAAGAGGAAAGAACACACGAGGAAAGAUCACACAAGGAAAGAUCACAAGAGAAAAGAUCACAUGAGAAAAGACCACACGAGGAAAGAUCACACAAGGAAAGAUCACAAGAGAAAAGAUCACAUGAGAAAAGACCACACGAGGAAAGAUCACAUGAGGAAAGAUCAGAAGAGGAAAGAACACACGAGGAAAGAUCACAUAGGAAAUAUCACAUGAGGAAAGACCACAUGAAGAAAAAACACAAGAGGAAAGAUCAAAAGAGGAAAUAUCACAAGAGGAAAGAUCACAUGGGAAAAGAUCACAUGAGGAAAGAUCAGAAGAGGAAAAAUCACAUGAGGAAAGAUCACAUGAAUAAAGAUAACACUAAGAAAGAUUACAUGGACAGAUACAUCCCACAGAUUACAUCCCAUAAACUUAACGUGCAAAUAUCCAAAAACCGCAUUCUAUGUGCGGAUGUGUAA